CAGGGGCGGACUGACCAUUUGGAAACUCGGGCACUGCCCAAGGGCCUGGGGUCAGUAGGGGGCCCCAUGAGAUGCCCCUGGUACCUUUUUCAUAGGCUUUUUUUAGUUUGGGCAAGGACACAGGGGCCCCAUGGUCCCCUAUUGCCCGGGGCCCCAUGAGUUGUCAGUCCGCCCCUGCCAUCCGCCCCUGCUUGUACUAUCAUCGCUGCAAGGAGAGGAGAAAAAGCCACUUCACAGUUCUG